CUAACGUUAACUGCCUCGGGUUGACAGGAGUAGUAAAGGCAGAAAUAACACAGCAUGGACGAUGCCACUUACUUGAAGUCACUGCAGAGCUGAUGCAUAUGAGAAGUGCGUGGAAGACAGUGCCUUCAACACCAGGAGACAUUAUUAUGAAGACUCAAGCGUAACAUUAUUGUUACAACAACGCUGUCGACCAGGUUAACAUUAACGUUCAUGUAACUAGCACUAAGCUAACAGCUAGCUAACGUUACUUAACCUCGAAUUCAGCUAACUUGGAAAAGCUUCCGAAGAAACUGCGAGAAGCUCGAAACAACGAACCAAGUGAGGGAUAUAGAAGCGUAAGAAAUAAUCCUGCCGGUGUCAAAUUUGUAAGUGCCUGGUGUUGCUGCCCUCCUGCAGUGGUUGAAUUCAUGAGCACGCUCAGUGAUAGCCGUGCCUAGUCCUCGGGGAUGGGGAAUGGAGUCCAGGAACAACGGGCAUCACUCACACCGCUGGCUUCCUCCAGUCAGUCAGAGGGCCUGAAGCACACUCGGUCUAUCCUCAACUCGCUCUUCUCGGGGGCUUUAGCAGGGGCUGUGGCCAAGACAGCUGUCGCCCCGUUGGACAGGACUAAAAUCAUCUUCCAAGUUUCUUCAGCAAGAUUCUCUGCCAAGGAGGCCUAUAGGUUGAUCUACCGCACCUACCUGAAGGAUGGCUUCUUCAGUCUGUGGAGGGGGAACUCUGCCACCAUGGUGCGAGUCAUCCCAUACGCCGCCAUCCAGUUCUGUGCACACGAGCAGUACAAGGGGCUGCUGGGAGGCUACUAUGGUUUUCAGGGGAAAGCCCUGCCUCCAGUUCCAAGGUUACUGGCUGGGUCUAUGGCUGGGACCACGGCAGCCAUGCUGACCUAUCCUCUGGACAUGGUGCGAGCGAGGAUGGCUGUAACGCCCAAAGAAAUGUACAGUAACAUCCUGCAUGUGUUUGUGCGGAUAUCCCGAGAAGAAGGCCUGAAGACAUUGUAUCGAGGCUUUACUCCCACCAUGCUGGGCGUUAUUCCCUAUGCAGGUCUCAGCUUCUUUACCUAUGAGACACUGAAGAAACAACACGCAGAACGCAGUGGACGCCUGCAGCCCUACUCGUAUGAACGCCUGGCGUUUGGAGCCUGCGCAGGACUCAUUGGCCAGUCGGCGUCGUACCCUCUGGAUGUGGUACGGCGGCGCAUGCAGACUGCAGGAGUCACCGGUCACACGUACGGCACCAUCCUGGGCACGAUGAAGGACAUCGUGUCGGAGGAAGGGGCCAUCCGUGGACUCUACAAAGGUCUCAGUAUGAACUGGGUCAAAGGGCCCAUCGCGGUGGGGAUCAGCUUCACCACCUUUGACCUUACUCAGAUUCUCCUGAGGAAGCUGCAUCAGAUGGGCUACACGGCUCGAUAAUAGCGAUACAGAGCGAGGAUAAUGGGGUUAGUGUGAUGACAAGUUCCCCCAUACACCCUCUGAAGAGACAGGAAGUGAGAGUGAUGAGUGCUGCAUAGAAGCGAACACGCCGGCUCAGGAUGAGUGAUAAUAACGUGUUCUCUCGCUUUACCUGUGUGCAGCGGGGGAUGUACAGUCCCUGUAGGCAUGAAUAGUUGGAUGGUACGAGUACACACUGUUAUCAUGUACAGCUAAGUGCAAUAUCCUCAGUGAUUUCUGUGUUUGUGUAAAUUAUAACACUCCUGCCCUUGUGGACCAGGCCUGUGAGUGUCAAUUUGAGAAGUUUAGAGGUCCACACACACACACACACACACUAAAGUCUCCCAACUGCCUUGUGUGUCUGCUUAUAACUGACACCUUACAAUGCAAUGCAGGUUGCCACCCAAUUAUUAUUAACUUUUUAAGAAGAAUUUGAUUUAAUAACAGGAAAAUAUGCCCCUUUGAGAUUAGCUUUGUUGUGUUUGUUUUUAAGGAAUUAUACCAAAGGAUAGUAUAUGAGCUAGUUGCAGAUUAUAUGAUGUUUGUUGUUCGUUGAAGCACAAAUCUUGCCCAGCACAGAAGUAAUGGUUUGGUUACUGCCGUCAUAUGGUCAGUUUUUGUUUGAGUUUAUUAUAUCCAAAUUACAGAGUCCAGUAUCUUUUAAGUGGCACUCCUAAAGAUUGAAGUAUAAGUAAGAAUUUACUUUUAUUUGUAGUUUAGCUGACAGAAUACAGAUGAGUUAGACUUUGAGCCAGUGCCAACCGAUAUAUGAAAUAUAAAGAGUGCCCGUAUGAUUUUGUUUGUUUUCACUGUGAUCAUAUAAUGCGCUUUUUAAAAUAUUUUCAAUUGUGACAGGCAGUUUUUGGUUGUUUGAAUUAUUAAAUGAUGACAAAUGAUUAGACAGAUUUCUGUGCAGUUUGGGAAUACUGGCUAAAAAUAACCUCAUAUUGAUAUACAGUCUCAUGUAACACAGAGAAAGCAGUUAGAUCAUUUUACAAAUGUGAAAUCAUAUAUACUGAUUUAACACUUUAGUAGAACAUACGUACAGUCUAAUGUAACCCGAUACAACAGCCCUGCAAUGAUUACUACCUUUAUGAAGUCUAUGAUUUUGGAUUUCAGUAUAUUGAGAGGCAUUUCUAAUAUUCUGUUUAGAGCUGGUAUGUCACUGGUAACAAAUGCACACAGAGUCACAUAUACGGUAUACAUAUGUUGUCUUCCAUUUGCUGUAGGUUUGGCAGCUGCAGAUGGUUUUGUUUAUCACAAGUUUAGGAGCAGUAGCAGUAUUUGCUAAUAAGCUAGCUAAUGGAAAUAUGCACACACCUAAUGAAGAGACCAUUUCUCUGUUACAGGCAUAAUUUAAUACAUUUUUAGUGUUCUCAGUAUUGUACUUUACCUCAGCACGUAAUUAUACAUUCAUGCAUUUCUCCACAUAUCUGUGUUAUUGUCGAGUAAUGUGAGACACGGAACUAGGUGCUCGGUUUUCAUUUGACUAUAUGUUGACAGUUUUAACAGUAUUGAUGCAGGCUCACAGUCGUUGAAGAGAGUCAAUAGUUUCUAUACUUAGACCGCACAUGCCGAGGCAGCAGCUGGGGGACAGAGCCAGGUGGAGCAGAGGGCAGGAAAGAGUCAUCUUUACCAGAAUAAAGCAAGAGGUUUUCUCUGUAACAAUCUCCAUAACUAAGAACUAAAAAAAAAAACAACCCAAUAUUGUCAUGUUAUAUUCACAGGGCUUCGUUAAAAUAAUAUUGAUUUAAAUAAACAUUUUGAAUUAUCAUACAGUCCUAGAUAACUGCAAACAAACCAAAAGAGUCCUGCUUUUAUUAUCAAAUUGGAAGUAAUACAUUUUUUCCAGUACUUGAUAUCAAAAUAAGUCUUUUUAUGCUAAUUAUGAUGGCAUUCGUUCGUUUUUACACCAAUACCACAACAAUACUUUUAAAAUAUGUAACUCGGGAGGCACAAUGAGUAGGAUUCUGUAUUUCUAGGUGUUUCACUAUUCCCUGAUCUUCCUCCAGCUGUCACUCCUCGGCCUCUCCUCCCCCGGGGCUCUGCUCUGCUGCUACUGCUUAUUCUGCCUUUAAGGAAUACAAACAUUUUUCAACGGAAGGUUUUUUUCAUUCCACAAACUUCUCUAAUAUCAAACACAAGCGGCAUACACAAACUUUGUCUGAAUGAAGUAGUCUAGGAAAGUAUCUAAUCAGCAGAUGAACAUAUUGGUCAGUACCAAAUAACUUGAGUUUGGAUGCCCAGUCCUAUCUAGUAGGCUGCUACACUUUACCUAGAACCGUUCUUAUUCCCAGUGAGAAAAUACUGAUGCUUUGUCACAGCCCGUUCGUGUCUGUAUGAGUCUUUAAACAAACUAUAUAAACACAUCCACAGCAAUAUUUGAUGCUCAUAGCAAGUGCUCGGGAAGUCCUGUGACGUAGUAUUGUGAGCAAGAAGAGAGGAGAACCGGAUAUUUGGAUUGAUCAAACAAAAAUGACUUUAAGACCACUGUUUGUGUCCUGUUUGUCAAAGUUGAGUUAUUUACAUAGACUACUUGUGUAACAACUUAUUUACUUUAAGCCCAACUGAUCUUUUUCAUGACUUUAACCAAGUAGUUUUGUUGCCUAAACAUAACCAUGUAGUUUUGUUUAAAUUUUUCAGAAUAAAUUCUGAUGUAGCAAACAUGAUUGAUAAGCUGUUUCCGCUCUGUCGGUCAUGACGAGCUGACAUGAAAGAAUAAUUAUAAAUUGCCCAGUUGAAUCUAAUUCCUAAAGAGUUUUCUCCAUUUUCUCUCGUAGGUGGCCAAAGUUGUCAGAUUAGCACAACCUUUUUUUGUUUUUGUUUUUUCUCUCGCGCAAUCUCUUCUACUGUUUACUGAUGGAUUAGCCUACAGCAAUACAUUACACUGCCAUCUUCUGACCAAAGUACAGCCAAGUUUAUGCAGCUUUGUUUAUUCGCUCUAAACCAGUUGAUGGAAACGUCCUGAAUUUGCAUUUUCUUUAAUGCAACAUUUCCAUGCUUCAAAAUUUGCUUCGACUUUAAUGGAAACACGGCUUACGUUAACCAAGUGUGCUUAAAAAGUGAAGCCAAGUGGCCGUAGCCAAGCGUCUGUCUGU